CGAUUUGUAUAAAAAAAGGAUAAAUUCUUCAUAAAGUGUUAGUAAUAUGUAACAGAAACAUAGAAAAGUGUUGUAAUAUUUUUUGAGAUUAAGGAAAUCGUGAAAUUAAAACCAACAUUUCAAUGAUUAAAAAUAAACAAUGCAUUUCAACGUCGUAGCAAAUAAACUGCUAGAUUUUGCACAGAGCAGUGGAUCAUGGAACCCUUGGUUGCGAUGGAUUUUACGAUUUCUGGCUUUGUCCCAGGCUUUUUCGCCAGCUGGAUGGCCUAAAUCCUAUGAUUUAAAAGAUGGUGAUUCUUUCGACUUCAUAGUUGUGGGGUCGGGGUCCGCGGGGGCGAUAGUGGCGGCGAGGCUCAGCGAGGUCUAUCACUGGCGAGUGCUGCUGCUCGAGGCUGGUGGAGACCCACCUAUUGCUAGCGUGGCACCAAGUCUGUUCACAUUGCUACCCCACACGGAAUAUGACUGGGACUACAAAGGAUACCUCGACCCAGGUGUGGGUCAAACACAUCCUGAAGGAUACGUAGGAAUAACUCGGGGGAAAAUGCUAGGAGGCUCCUCAUCUCUAAACUAUCAAAUAUACUCUCGAGGCGUACCAGAAGACUUCAAUAAAUGGGGUGAAGUAGCUCCAGGAUGGAACUGGAAUUCAGCUCUGUAUUACUACAAAAAAUUAGAAGGAAUGACCGACGAUUCAGUGCUACAAAAUGAUAUAAACGCAAAUCUACAUUCUACAAAUGGUCCAGUAAUAGUGUCUAGACCUAAAAGUAAUUCUAUUUAUGAAUCAGUCAAAGAAAGGAUAUUACAUUCUUACAAAGAGAUCGGAAUUAAAGAAGUUUUAGAGAAUAAUGGUCACGAACGAUUUGGAAUAAGCCCACCUCAUUAUACAUUCGCGAAUGGUAGAAGGUAUAGCACAGCAGAAGCUUAUUUAAAACCAGCCAAAGGCAGAACAAAUUUGUACAUAACAAAAUACGCUAGAGUUAUAAAAGUUCUUAUAAAUCCACACACAGCCCAUACAUACGGUGUUCGAGUACUUUUAGAAUCAGGUGAAACUAUAAACGUUAAGGCUAAAAAAGAAGUAAUUGUUUCAGCUGGAUCUAUCGACUCGCCGAAGUUAUUAAUGCUAUCAGGCGUCGGGCCCCGUGAAAUAUUAAACAAAUACGAUAUACACGUUAUAUCGAACCUUCCUGUUGGUAAAUACAUGCAAGACCAUAUAAGUUUACCUUUACCGUUAACAGGACGAAAAGGAAUUAAAUCAGCUUUACAAAAUGUGCUUAUUUCUGCUGAACUAGAUUCUAUUCCUUUGCCUAUUGUAAAUGGUUACUUUAAACUUAAUCACACGUACCAACAUCACGAUAGAAAAUAUAAUUUGACGCCACAAUUUCAAAUCUUCCACGCGCAUGUAGGUGCAGCUGCUUCAGUCGGUAUCUUAUACGCAUGCCAAACGAUACAUAUGUAUGAUAGAAAUCUUUGUUUUUCAAUGAGUAACGCAAAUACUAUUCGUGAAAUGGACCUCAUUACGUUAGUGUUUUUGCAUCCUUUAUCGAAAGGGCAGGUUAGUUUAAAAAGCGACGAUCCCUUGGAUGAUGCUUUGAUAGAUAUGGGAUAUUAUAGAAACGUUCAUGACAUACAUGUUGCAGUGGAAGGUAUAAAAUAUCUAGCACGACUAGCGAAAACGUCAUUUUACAAAAAAGUUGGAGGUGAUAUCGUGAAAUUAGAUGUUAAAGGUUGUGAAGGUUUAAAAUGGGGAACGGAUAAAUAUUGGAGAUGUUAUGUUGUUAAUGCUUUAAACACUUUAUUACAUCCUGUAGGAACAUGUAGUAUGGGAAGAGUUGUAGACGAAAGAUUGAGAGUUUUUAACAUACGUGGAUUAAGAGUGGUAGACGCGUCUGUUAUGCCAGAAAUAACAAGUGGUAAUACUAAUGCACCUACUAUGAUGAUUGGUGAAAAAGCAGCGGAUAUGAUUAAAGAAGAUUAUGGAGUAUUACAUUGGCAUGAUAAAAAUAAUUAGACAUAAAAUUCAAUAGAAAUAAACUUUUCUUA